AUGCAGGCAUUUGUCCCCAAGAAUAGACGGAUCAUCGAUAUCAACAACGUUCCUCUGGGAAGUAGCGUUGCAUUCGUGCGAUGGAGGCUACCCUCGUCAAGUGCCACUGAACACCAGGGCCAUACAGAGAAAGCGAACCUCUCUGACCACCGCGCCUAUUGGACAUACGAAAAAACCCUCCAAGUGAGGCUCACCAUUGAUAGAACAUCAAUGCUGCAGGAGUGUGAAAUCAAUUUUGAAGUCAUCCAAGAAUUCACCUCGUCGCCCAUUUCUGAAAAGAGUGUAUUGGGCAAAAUCAAGCUCAACCUUGCCGAAUAUGUUGACAAAGUCGAAGAGGAUGAAGGUGUGAUCCGAAGGUAUCUAAUGCAUGAGAGCAAAGUGAACAGCACUGUCAAGAUCGGCAUAGCUAUGCGCCAGAUAGAAGGCGAUCGCAACUUUACCACUCCACCGCUGAAAUCAGCUACAGUAUUUGGAGGAAUUGCUGGAGUGGUUCAUUCUACUGAGCAACCGAUUGAGGAUGACCUUGGCCAACUCCCAUCUAUCAACACUAAGAGCCGAGAAAUGGCAGAUAUGCAGGAUAUGUACCGGCGAACCCUCGCAGCAUCGUGGUCCUCAAGAGCUUGCGAUCUGCCCGCCGACAAAUUGAUUGAGGAAUUGUUUGCUGGAAGUUCCUGUUGGAACAAUGACACACACAAUGCGAAUGCCGCCUCUACAGGGGGCCACCGAGAAUCACUAUUAAGUGCAGAUGCAGCUGCGCGACAGAGCCGCACUGGGAAAUAUCUGUCCCCUAGCUUUGAGCGGCGCCCCAAGAGCUCCUCCAGUGCGCAUUCACAUAUCAAUGAGAAGACACCCGACUCUCUUGCUACGCUUGGACAUCCAAAAAAGGGAGGAAGCAUUGAACAACAAUUGUAUGAUGGAGCAAAAGGCCGUGGCUGGAAGGCGCCAAGUUCAAAUGAUGAGCUCUCCGAGUUUGAUGUGAGGGAGGAUUUGCGCAGCUGGGAAGUAAAAGAAUAA